GUAUACCAGAUGCUUCUGCUCGGUUGGACAUCCUUCAAGUCCUCCUCAAAAAGACGCCACACGAAGUAACGCCCGAGCAACUUCAAACGAUCUCAAGUCAGACACACGGAUAUGUAGGGGCUGAUCUGGCUGGCCUGGUGCGAGAGGCCGGCACAAUAGCCAUCAAACGUAUCCUCGCUGCAGACUCCUCUACCGAAUCGUCAGCCGAUCCUUCCCAGUCAAUCCUCUUUUCCGACUUUACCCAUGCCCUCCCUCACACGUCGCCUUCUGCACUGCGUUCAUUGGUGCUCGAAACUCCCAGAGUACCUUGGUCGUCUAUCGGGGGCAUGUCUGCAAUCCGUGCCAAGUUGGUCGAAGCGAUCGAAUGGCCACUACUCUACCCCGAAACUUUAACACGGUUGGGAGUGAAACCGACAAAAGGUGUCUUGCUCUAUGGUCCACCAGGAUGUAGCAAGACGCUUACCGCUAAAGCACUGGCGACAGAAAGUGGGAUCAACUUUUUGGCGGUGAGAGGAGGGGAGGUGCUCAACAAAUUUGUGGGCGAGAGUGAACGGGCGGUCAGGGAGAUAUUUUCCAAGGCUCGUGCUGGAGCGCCGUGCAUCGACGAGAUUGAUGCACUAGGAACCGCAAGGGGGGAAGAUGGUAGAACAGGGGCACACGAGGGAGUGCUCACGAGCAUGCUCAAUGAAAUGGAUGGGAUACAGGACCUCCAUGGAGUCAUUGUCGUGGCAGCUACGAAUAGACCCGAUGUCAUGGACUCUGCACUGAUGAGACCUGGACGGCUAGACAAGAUCUUGUAUGUCGGUCCGCCCGACUUGGCGGGUCGGGAAGAGAUCCUCAGGAUUCGGACGAGGGAAAUGACGAUUGGACCAGGUGUCGACUUUCAAGAGUUGGCUGGGAUGACCGAAGGAUGCUCAGGAGCCGAGUUGGCGGCGGUCUGCCAAGAAGCGGCCAUGAUUGCAAUGCGAGAGGAUGUGCACGCCCCGUUUGUGUCCAAGGAGCAUUUCCUAACAGCGGCACGAAAGGCUCGUCGGGGGAUCACUCUGGCAGUCAUUGAAAAAGAGAGUGGCUUAGAAGUUCUUGUUGACUUCUUGUUGAGCGACACCCUUGUCGUGUUGGGCAUUGCUGCAAAAAGGAGUAAGAAACUGUGCGGCGGUACACCAGACGAAUCUACUCACCCAGAGGCCU